GGAAAUUAUUGCGAAUUUGUUGUAUACGUUGUUAAGACGCAUUAAAUAACAGUUAGACAAAACAACAACAACAACAAAAAAUACAUAUUUCAUUUUAAUUUGUUAAAAAAAAAACUUAAAAAAAUAACAAAAAUAUAAAAAAAUGUGUUAAUAAAUUUAAAAAAAUAAGAAAAACUAAAAAUUUUCAAUAAAAAUCAUGCCACAACGUUCACCAUUUGCCAUACAAGAACUAUUAGGACUCAACAGUACAAAAGCAGCAGCUGCGGCGGCUGUCGUAGCAAUGGCAAAUCUAACGGAUAACACGAAUACAAGUGAUAACUGUAAGCAGGAGCAACAAACCACGGCUGCAGUAAAUGGUAAAUGUAACCAAAGUCCAAAAGCUAACAAUGGUGAACAGAUAAAAAACGAAAUUACAUCCAAAAACAAUCAGGAAAUAGAAAUAAUAAAUGAUAGCAGGGAAUCACCAACAACAGCCACAAUUAAAAUUUCCUCCAAUUUAUAUAAAGCAACAACAUUGGCAACGGCAACAACAACAGCAACAACACCAGCAACAUCAUCUACAACAACUGUAACAGAUAUUGCAACAACACCAAAUUCAAUAUCACCUUCAACAAAUUCAAUUUCAUCGGUAAAUUCCUCUUUAUCUUCUUAUAAUGAGGAAACCGAUAAGAGACGUCAACAGCAGCAACAACAACAGCAGCAACAGCAACAAUUGUCUAUGGCUGCUGCCUCUAGAAUGGCUUAUUUUAAUGCUCAUGCUGCUGUAGCAGCAGCAUUUUUACCACAUCAUUUAACCUCACACUCAACGACACAUAAUCCACAACUGCAACAUCAACAACAACAACACACGGCUGCUGCUGCUGCACAUAAUCAUGCAAUACAUUCUCUACCCUCAACACAUCAUCCUCACCAUCAUUCUCAUCAUUAUCCAGCAACACACUUACAACAACAUCAUCACCACCACCAACAACAACAACAUUUGCAAGUAACACAAUCACAAGUUGCCGCUGCCCAUCAUCACAUGUUGCAUGGUCAGG